AGGAUAACAAAUAAAAUGUUUCAUUUGGUAAAACUUUAAUGAACGUGUAAAAUAAAAUGUUUUUUGGUACAGUAAUCGAUCAGUGUUUUACACCAUUUUAACCAGGUUUUGACUUCAUGCACUUCACUUCGCAAAAAAUUCACAUUCAGCAUAUGCUCACAUUCAUGGCACAAUUCAAACGGAAUCACAAAAUAAUUAUUUUCUCUCAUUCACUUGCAUUGACGCUUUUUUCUCAACCUUGAGGUCCACUUGGAUUUUUACGGAUGGGCGGGACUGAGCCAGCUACAAAUGGGUGGGUUAGCAGCAAGUGGGUGGAGCUUUAGCCGCAAGUGGGCUGUACCAGAGCCCGUCUAACGGAGAGCCUUGGCACUUCCACUCCUUAGCAACGUGUUUGUUUGUGGGUUUCCCUCGUUCAUGACAACCAGUUGAUCGAUUGCAACAUUUCAUUGUAUUACUCUCUAUAUCGAUCUAUAGUGGUGAUAUAACUUUCAAUGGAUCAAGUUGAGCUUCUGUCAGACCGAAUCGCAGCUGUUCAACUUGACAGAAAGAGAACUAGGGAACUGCAACGCCGAGAGAGGAUCUUUAAUGACAAAGUCCGCACGAUUGGACUUGACUAUGAUGCUCUCGACCAUCAAGUUAAAGAACGAAGAGAGAGAGACCAACGAGAAGCAAACGAACUUCAAGUCUAUGCUGAUGACCUGCUGUGCAGUGAUCGUGUAGCCUGUGUCCUGGAGCAGCGGCAGAAGAAAGAUGAGCGCCUGCUGAAUGAAGCCAUCGUGCAAUUUAGGGAACAAUUCCAACAAACAACCAGCAGACGUGAGUUUGAUCUGAACGAUCCAGAGCUGCUGAAGAAGCAGGAAGGUGUACGGAUUCUCCCGGGCCUGACUGGAGAAGAUCUGAGCCAGAAGGACAGGCUGAGGAAGCAGCAGGAGCAGCUCAGAGCAUGGACCCUUCAACAGCAAGAAGAACUAGAGCGAGCGAAACAACAGCUAAAACAAGAAAUGCAUCAGUACGAUCAAAGCAGACUGUCUUUGGAUAACCGAGCUCUUGAACUGCAGAAGAUGGAGGAACAAUACAGGAGAGCUGCAGCCAUCGCCACCAAAGACUUUAACCGGUCACUGGCUGCAGAAAUCACACAUCGCCGUCUACAAGAGUGUCACGAGGAAGAGGAGAACAACCAGACGGACAUCCUGAACCAGCUAAACGGGGACCUGCUGAUGGAAAACCCUGAACAGAAAGUAAGUGUGCUGGGUCUGUCCCGCUUGCGCAGGGACUGUUACAAAGGAAUGAGUCCUGAAGAGCUCCAGCAGUACACGCAGUACCAGCUGCAGCAAGCAGAAGAUAGGAAGAGGGCUGCCAUGAAGCAACGUGAGAAGGAGCUUCAGGAACAUCACGAGAACAUGACAUCAGCCCGGGCUGCACUGCUGCUGGAAAGACAGCAAGCGCGCAUUAAUAAGGAGCUGCGCAGGAGUUUGGACAACACCAACGCACAGCUGGCCCAGACCCAUGAUGCUCGGAAGGAACAUCUCCAGGAUCUGUACACCAACAUUCCCGACGAGUGCUACUUUUCCCAGUUUAACACCAGCAGUAGAUAAACAUGACGAUAAACACCAUCUUGACUCAGCAAACAGAACAAUAAACUGUAUCAUUUUACAGUCAACACCUUGGCUUUAAAGCUACACUGUGUGAUUUUUGACCCCA